UUUCCGGGUUACCAGGAAAUGGCCGCCAUCUUGUGCGCUGAGGUGUGGCUGGUUGCUGGGGUCCUUAGAACUGGCCUUUCGGUCUCUUCAAGUCUUUGUUUUGGGGUCUUGUUUCCUCAUUUCAGCGUCUCAGGGGACUGUGUCUCUCCAGGAUACGGCUUUAUUGAGAAGUGAAGGUCAAUGCGGAGCUGCGAAUAAGAUGCCUUAUGGUGAAAUUGAAGCUAAAUCCUUGGGACAUGGGGAAGACCUAACAAGUGAACCAUGCUACAAAAAACUGAAGUCAACUGAAGAGCCUUUUAUUUUUCCCCGUCAUGGUAUUUCUAAUUUUCACAGAGUACAAGAGAAAACUGGAAAUGAUUGGGUCCCUGUGACUAUUACUGAUUUCAGAGAAUGUAGUUCUCCUCAGGAAGACAAAACCCAAACUACAGAUUUGCUGAAACCAGUGCAUGAUAAGAUGCUUAGUAAUAGACCAGCUAUUACUGAGUCUAUUAAUUCACAAGUUUUACUGGCUACAAGUCCUCCAUUGGUAUCCACAGAUGAUGAGAUAUACAGCACAAGUAAAGCAUUUAUAGGACCCAUUUACAAACCCCCUGAGAAGAAGAAAUGUAAUGAAAGGAGGAAGCAAGUAGACAAUAUCAAGGGUAAAGAUGGUGAAGGAGGACAAGAUGAGAAACAAAAAUUUAACUGUAAAAAAUCAGAGAUUGAUAAUGAAUUAUUCCAGUUUUACAAAGAAAUUGAAGAGCUUGAAAAUGAAAAAGAUGAUUCAGAAGGCAGUUGUAAGGAACCCAGACUCUCUGAGGAACAAUUUAUUUCAUAUGAUCAGGGACAUAAUAAUGAUCUGAUGAAAUACGCAGAAGAAAAGAAAAGAGAUCUUAGUAGUGCUCUUCAGUUGCAUUGUAAUUAUCAACAGGAUGUGGGGAAUGAGCGAGGCAGAUAUCCUUGUCAUGGACAAGUAAUACCUACAUUUUGUGACGCGUCCUUUACUUCCUUCAGGCAUGAAUGGCAAUCAGUGCAUUCUUUUAUAAUACCCAGAGGUCCUCCUUUUCCCAGCUCUAACUAUCAUUUAAAUAUUCAAAGAUUCAGUACUCCACCAAGUCUACCAUCAAAUAUUUUCCGCACCCAAGAUGGCUCUCAGAUUCAAAAAGGAGGUUAUGUGAAUAACUGUCAUGGUAAUUGGAAUUGUUUGACUUUUGAUCAGAACAAUGAAUAUACUGACUUUAGUGAAAAUAUCAGUAGUGAUUUUCCCUUUGGAAACAGCUAUACUGUACAAGAUGCGAAUGUGAGUAGUGGUUGCCGUGAACCUAGUGAAGGAUGCUGGAAAGAUCCUAUAGACAAGCAUAAUAGCCCAGACAGGUUUAUGAACCAGCAGUUUCAAGAGGAGAAGUUAGGUAAAUUGCAGAAGUUACUUAUUCUUUUAAGAGGCUUGCCUGGUUCUGGGAAAACAACAUUAUCUCGAAUUCUGCUUGGUCAGAGUCGUGAUGGCAUUGUGUUCAGCACUGAUGACUAUUUUCACCAUCAAGAUGGGUACAGGUAUAAUGUUAAUCAGCUUGGUGAUGCUCAUGACUGGAACCAGAACAGAGCUAAACAGGCUAUCAAUCAGGGGAGAUCUCCAGUUAUAAUAGACAACACUAAUACACAAGCUUGGGAAAUGAAACCCUAUGUGGAAAUGGCCAUAGGAAAAGGAUACAGAGUAGAGUUUCAUGAACCUGACACUUGGUGGAAAUUUGAUCCUGAAGAAUUAGAAAAGAGGAAUAAACAUGGUGUGUCUCGAAAGAAGAUUGCUCAGAUGUUGGAUCAUUAUGAAUAUCAAAUGUCCAUCUCUAUUGUAAUGAAUUCAGUGGAACCAGUGCACAAAAGCACACAAAGACUUCACCCUUCAGAAGAGAGACAGAGGCUUCUCUGUACCCCUCUAACCAAGAACAGUACUGAAAUUAGGCCAACUGAUAAUCUUAUAAUGGCCUCUGAGUGUUAAAAGUGAAAGGAAGAGUUGCAUGUCUCUUGCUUUAAAUCACAAGCUAGAAAUGGGUUAUGAGAAUGGCAUGUUGAAAGCGAAGGGAGUUGAAAAGCUAGAUCUUUUGCACUAAACAGCCGUGUUGUGAUUGCAAAGGAAAAGUUUUUGAAGGAAAUAAAAAGUGCUACUCCAGUGAACACACGAAUGAUGAUAAAGCAAAACAGUCUUGUUGCUGAUAUGGAAAAAGUUUCAGUGGGGUCCAUAGAAGCCAGCCACAACAUUCUCUUUGACCAAAGCCUAAUUCAGACAAAAUCCUCUUCCAUUCUGUGACGUCUGAGAGAAGUGAGGAAGCUACAGAAGAAAAGUUUGAAGCUACCAGAGAUUGAUUUAUGAGGUUUUGGGAAAGAAGCCAUCUCCAUAACAGAAAAGUUCAAAGCAGAGCUGCAAAUGCUGAUAUAGAAGCUACAUCAAGUUAUCUUUGAAGAUGUAGCAAAAGUAAUUAAUGAAGGUGGUUAUAGUCAACAACAGAUUUCUGUGUAGAAGAACCUCAUAGUGGGAGAUGUCAUCUGGGACUUCUGUAGCUAGAGAGGUGAAGUCAAUGUCUGGUUUCAAAGUGUCGAAGUACAGGCUGAUUCCUGUUCAGGGUUAAUGCAACUGGUGACUUUAAGUUGAAGCCAGUGCUUAUUUAACAUUCUGACAACUGUAGGGCCCUUAAGAAUUAUGCAAAAUCUACUCAGCCUGUACUCUAUAAACAAAGCCUGGAUGACAGCACAUAGUUUACAGUAUUGUUUACUGAAUAUUUAGAGUGUUGAGACCUGCUCAGGAUUUUUAAAAAAAUUCCUUACAAAAUACUACUGCUCAUUGACAAUGCACCUGAUCACUCAAAACUUUUGAUGGAGAUGUACAAUGAAAUUAAUGUUUUCAUGCCUGCUAACAAUAUUCAUUCUACAGCCCCUGGAUGAAGGAGUAAUUAUGACUUUUAAGUCUUACUAUUUAAGAAAUAACAUUUUUUUAGGCUAUCACUGCCAUAGAUAGGGAUUUUCUGGAUGGAUCUGGGCAAAUUUGAAAACUUGGAAAGGAUUCACCAGUCCAGAGGCAAUUUAAGAACAUUCCUGAUUCAUGUCAAAAGAUCAACACUUACAGGAAUUUGGAAGAAGUUGAUUCCAGCCCUCAUGGAUGACUUUGAGAGUGGUCAGUACUUCAGUUGAAGAAGUAACUGUACCUAUGGUGGAAGUAGUAAGGGAACUAGAAUAAGUGAUGCCUGAAGAUGUGACUGAAUUGCUGUACUCCCACACUAAAAUUUUAGUGGACGAGGAAUUGUUUAUCAUGGAUAAGCAAAGAGUGGUUUUUUAAAUGAAAACUCCUGUUCAAGAUGCUGUGAAGCUUUUGAAAUGACAACAAAGGAUUUAUAAUAUUGCAUCAACUUAGUUAAUAAAGCAGCAGCAGGAUUUGAGAUGACUGACUUCAGUUUUGAAAUAAAUUUGAUCAAACAGCAUCUCAUGCUACAGAAAAAUCAUUCAUGAAAGGAAAGAGUCUGUCAAUGCAGCAAACUUUAUUGUCUUAUUUUAAGAAAUUGCCACAGCCACCCCAGCCUUCAGCAGCCAUCACCCAGAUCAGUCAGCAGUGAUCAGCUGCUGGUGGUGGGUCUUUAGGCAAGAGCAGCCACCAGCAAAAAGAUUGUGACUCACUGACAGCUCAGAUGAUAGCAUUUUUUAAAAAAUAAAAUAUUUUAAAAUUAAGGUAUGUACAUUGUAUUUUUAGGUAUACUAUUGCACACUUCAUAGACUACAAUAUAAUGUAAACAACUUUCAUAUAUAUUAGGAAGUAAAAAAUUUGAGUGACUUGCUUGAUUGUGAUAUUUGCUUUAUUGUAGCCAUCUUCAGACUUUCCAGUUCAUGACACUGGAACUGAAUCCACAAUAUCUCUGAGAUACACCUAUAUAUUUUCCCCUAUUUUUAAAACUUCAUGAAUCAGAUAUUGUACCUGUUUUGCUCACCAUUACAUAAUUAUUAACUAGUGCAAUAGCUGGGAGAGUGAUACUCAGUAUCACACAGUGAAUGAGUAUGAGUAGUUAUCACUUGUAGUGGGUUGAAUUGUUCCCUCAAAAUUUGUGUUG